AAACGCGUCUGAACUUUGGGCACCGCCGCUGUCCGUAGUAGGCGUCCCAACAUGGCGGCACCCCAAGAUGUCCACGUCCGGAUCUGUAACCAAGAGAUUGUCAAAUUCGAUCUGGAGGUGAAGGCGCUUAUCCAGGAUAUUCGCGAUUGUUCAGGACCAUUAAGUGCACUUACUGAACUGAACGCUAAAGUGAAAGAGAAGUUUCAGCAGUUACGGCACAGAAUACAGGAGCUCGAGCAGUCGGCUAAAGAGCAAGACAAAGAGUCGGAGAAGCAAGCUCUGCUCCAGGAAGUGGCGAAUCAUAAGAAGCAGAUGCUCAGGAAAACCACCAAAGAGAGCCUGGCCCAGACGUCCAGCACCAUCACAGAGAGCCUCAUGGGGAUCAGCAGGAUGAUGUCCCAGCAGGUCCAGCAGAGCAAGGAAGCCAUGCAGACCCUAGUGACUUCUUCACGAACUAUCCUGGAUGCAAAUGAAGAGUUUAAGUCCAUGUCGGGAACCAUCCAGCUGGGACGGAAGCUCAUCACAAAAUACAAUCGCCGGGAGCUGACAGACAAGCUCCUCAUUUUCCUUGCUCUGGCCCUCUUCCUUGCUACCGUCCUCUACAUCGUGAAGAAGCGGCUCUUUCCAUUCUUGUAAGAUGUGAGAGCCCCCAGGUUUGGCCCUUUGAACUCCUGUUUCAGGAUCCAUCCAUACUGCUGAGCUUUGGCCCUGACUGCCAUACUGAGCCUGGUCCCCCGUUUGCUGCAGUGGCUGAGCCAGUGGCUGAGCAGGUCGGACGGAAGCCCAGCUCCUGGGUUCCUGCAGGGGGCUGGCAGGCAGAGGGCGAGCUAAGCAGUGGAGGAAACGCGUCAUCAGGACACCCACACGGACAGGGGCUCCCACCGCCUGAGCCUUGCACACUCGGCUGGCUGCUGCAUAUGGUACUUAGAGUCUAGCCCCGGGGACUUAAUGACCUCCUCUCCUCCCCCCACCCAUGGGGCCCUCAAUGCCACAUCUGGUGGCGGGAAGAGAGAAAAAGAGUGGGAAGGAUGACGAACACUCAUGUCCAUUCCUUGAAUAAACUUGAUUGUAUUUAACAGAAUGAAAUACCUUUGGUUUUAAAAGGUGUCUCUCUGGUAAUCUAUUUUUGAUGUCUAGAUUUUUAGGGCAUGACUUAGAUUAUCCUUUCAGCAAAGGAUGAUCAAGCAGCUGCCACACGCAGGGUAUUAUAGACGCUGCUGAACAUUCCAGACACGCUGGAGAUGAGACCUGGCUCCUCCCUCAAGGAGCAACAGGAGCAAGAGUCCACAGACUUCUCCAGAAGCGUGCAGACAGCCACCAUCGAGGGGCUUACACCAACACCUGAAAAGGCGGAGGCAGACGUGCUUCUCUUUCCCUGCACGGCAGCCUGGCCAGGUGGCGGGUGUGCGCUGACUGAGUGGCUGGCUCGUACCUUUAUCUUUACAGUCCAGAGCUAAAUAUAACCAAGGAGAGAGAAGCAGAGGCCUGUCUGGGCCUGAGUUCUGUUGAGGCCAGGGGGGUAGCCCGGGCAAGGCCAGCCUGGAGGUGUUGGUAUCUCCUUGUGCUAUAGGCCUGGCUGACUUCAUGCUUGAAAUCCCGACUAUUUAUAGCCACAGAGGACCUGGGGGGGGUGAAUGUAGAGGCCGAGGAGAAGGUGGAAAGAACAUGGACUUUGAACCUUGGUUCAGAAACUUGGUUUUGAGUCUUGAUUCUAUUACUAACUGACCACAUGACCUUGGACAAGGUACCAUACCUCACUGAGCCUCACUUUCCCUCAUCUGUAAAAUGGGAGUGAAAGUCCAUAUAGACCCUCGUAGAGUCAAUUCGAGAAGUAAAUGAGAAUGCGUGUAUAGCUGACAGAGCAUCAGACAGCGUCCUUCUGACAGAGUGUCUAUGGGCCUCCCACAUGCUGCCACCCCAGGGCUCCCGAAAGGUGGGCCAGGCCACAGACGUUCUGUCCAGAUCUAUUUGAGCAGAAGGGAUGGAGUCAACAGUUCAGGCCUCAGUUAUGCAUACAAAUAUAUAUAUAAAAUAAAUACAUACCAUUCUUAAUUCCUGGCUGCAGAAGACAGAGCAGUGCGAAUUGUGCACUUGUAUGUCUUAUUUAUAAUCAAACUAAAGCCGUGAAUAAAGCACAGAUGGGAAAUAUCUACUGUGCUUCCAGCGGUAAGUGCAGCAGAUGGAUGUCAUCAAGUUAGGAUUUUCUUGUCUUCACGUUUUUCUUUACUACUUUCCACUAAUUGUCAACAUCCUUCUCGCAAUAUGGAAAUGUGUGGGCUCUGUACUCCCUGGAAAUUCUCCCUUUGAGACUGUAUUCCUCCUUCUGAACACAGGCUUGAAUUUAGUCCUUUUUGAAGUGUCUUCCACAACAUUAUAUCCUUCAACCCUAAACAGCCACCAGGGUUCAAAGACUUCCCCCCAGCUGGCUGGUCACGCAGGAAGCAGCCACCACCAAGUUCAACCAUAAGAGGGCAGUGUUCACAUUUGCUCUAUGGUCUUGCUGUAUGUACGAUCAGGCCCCAUCAGUCCAUCUGAAAUGCUUUUAUGUAUUUUGGGGGUUUUUUAGAUACCAAAUUGAAAAAAAGACAAUGUACAAGCUUACCUAUACCUUGUUUAUGGAAGAUGUUCCAUAAAUGACCUUAAUUUUCAUGGUUAAACAGGAAGCCAUGCGUGUAUUCUCCAUUUUGAUUAGCUGGCAGUCAAGGAAUCAGAAGUCCAGAGCAGCUGUCAAGAGAUUCGUUCAAUAAGUCUUACUGUAGUCUUUCACUUAAUUAGUAUUUACUAAGCACCUUCUUGGUGGCGCAAACAGUUUGCACUUAACUAGUAACCUAAAGGUUGGCAAUUUGAACCCACCAAGCUGCACUGCAGAAGAAAGGCCUGAUAAUCUGCUCCCAUAAAGAUGACCACCAUGAAAAUCCUAUGGAGCAAUUAUGCUCUGUAACACAUGGAGUUGCCGUGCGUCGGAACUGGCGACAAUGGGGGUAAGCACCUUCUAUAUGCCAGGCACUGUUUUGGGGAUACAACAGUGAACAAAACAAGAAGAUUCCCUGUCAUGGAGCUGAGAGUAUGUGGGGGAGGGUGGGCAGAUGAUACACAAUGAACAUACUAAAUAAGUUAUUCAGUAUGUUGGAAAAUAAGUGCUAUGGGAAAACAGAGCAGGGCAGUGUCAAUCUGAAAUGUGGGAGUGGGGACGGGUUUGCAAUAUUAAGUAGGGUAGUCAGGGUUGACCUCAUCGAGGAGGUAAGAGUUGAGCACAUACUUGCAGGGAAGGAGUUAGUCAUGGGGAUGGCUAUGAAAAAGGUUCCAGGUAGAAGAAACAGCCAGAGCCAAGGCCUGAGGUGGGAGUGCAACUGGUGUUAUUAGAGGAAAAGCAAGGAAGCCAGACAGGUGGCUGGAGCAGAGGUGGGUGUGGGAGGUAACAGGAAGUCGAAGAGAGUGGGGAACAAAAUCAUAAAAGGACUUGUAGGUCACUGGAAGGAUCUGGCCUUUUUCUCUGAAGGAAACAGGGAGCUAUGUAAGGGUACUGGGCAGAGGCCGAACCAAACCAAACCCAUUGCGGUUGAGUUCAUUCCAACUCAUGGUGACCAUGAUAGGACACAGUAGAACUGCCCCAUUGGGUUUGCAAGGCUGUAAAUCCUUACAGAAGCAGGCUGUCAUAUCUUUUCUCCUGCAAAAUGGUUGGUGGGUUUGAACCGCCGACCUUUCAGUUGCACUUAACCACUGUACCACCCUUUUGGGCAGAGGAGUGACGUAUUACUUAUGUGUAGAGCAGAGCAGAGCUGGGAGACCAGCUAGAAGGACUGCAGUCAUCCAGGUGGCAGACGGUAGUGGUGCAUACAGGCUGGUUGCAGUGGAGGUGGUAUGAAAAAAAAGUGGGGAUUAAAAAAAAAAACCAAACCCACCGCCGUUGAGUCGAUUCCGACUCAUAGCGACCCUAUAGGACAGAGUAGAACUGCCCCAUAGAGCUUCUGAGGAGCGCCUGGCGGAUUUGAACUGCCGACCUCUUGGUUAGCAGCUGUAGCACUUAACCACUAAGCCACCAGGACAUUGUUGAUAUAUUCUGAACACAGGAGCAACAGGCUAGGCUUUCCUGAAUGAAUGAAUGUCAUUCCUGAACAAAAAACAAUGAGGUUUUUGGUCUCAGCAACGGAAGGAGGGAGAGGAAGACCAGGAGUUUGGUUUUGGACACGCUGGGUUUGAGAUGUCUAUUAGACAUCCUAGUCCAGGUGACAGGCAGUUAAGUCUGGAGUUUGGGAGAGCAUUCGGGGCUGGAGCUGUAAAUAUGGAAGUCUCUGGCACACAGAUGGAAUUUAAAGUCAUAGAGUUGAAAUCACCAAGGGACUUGGGUAUAGAAAAGAGAGUCAAAGAGAAAAGGAGAAGUGCAAAGGAGACUGAGAAGGGUCAAUCAGAGAUACUUCUAGUAGUACUUGUUGGGGAGUCUAGAUAUGCUUUUAAUCCCCAAGGAAGGAGACUUUCUAAUCUUCAAAAAUCCAUUUUUUUCAUCAUCAUCUUCAUCAUUGUCAUCAUCGCUCUCAUGAUCAAAAGCAUCUAAUAUUUGUUGAGGUCCUGCUAUGUGUCAGACACCUGAGGACUCACGUAAGCAUGAGACCCCCCUGCCAUGAAGGACAAAAUGAGACUUUUGUCUGCC